GAAGACUUGGCAAACAGUCAGUUCCACCCACUUAUCCGUCCACACCGCCUAUAUAUAAAAGUGGUAGGAGUUCCCAAUGUUGAUUCAAACGUUUCACCGACCUGAUGAAAAGGGACAUGUACACGGAGCUGGAGUGCGCUAUUUGUUACCUGCGCUACAACGCAGGGCGGCGGUGUCCUCGUGAGCUCCACUGUAAACACACCUUCUGCGAGAGCUGUCUGCUGGCGCUGUCCCGGGCUCUGGCGCUCAGCGAGGCGCACCGGCCCGACAAGGACACGGCGAUAGUCUGCCCGCUGUGCCGACACACCACCUCCAUCUCCGGCGAAGAACAGAUCAGAGCCGAGCUGAGGGUGGACGAGUGCGCCAUGGAGCAGCUGAUAGUCACCGGGGUCCUCCUGGAAACGGAGGAGGAGGAACCGGAGGAGGGCAGUCAAGACCUAGAGGAAGAGAGCACUCCGUCUGAGGACACAGGCGAAGACACAGGCGAGGACAGAGACCCGUCAGAGGGCCAAAACAGAGGCACGCUUCGGCGGACUUUGAGGAAAGUUUGGAAGAAAAUUAUUGGGAAAAACGCGCGACAGAUCGGAUAUGACUCCACAGAUAUGUCCAGUGAUGACAUGAGGAACUUCGCCUUGAUGGCCUGCUACAUGUUCUGACCUUCUCAGACUCUGACUCUUGAACAGUGUCACCCUGUAUGUGACUCUCUCUUAGCCCUAUAGGUUUUGUUGGACACACUGUGAAUGACUGGUAUAGCAAGUCAGCAAGACUACUGACCAGGCUUACUGUCAAAAAGAAAACUUUGUUUGUUAAAUUAUAUUA